AUGCGGCACACGAUCGAAGCGGAAACUCGUGAUCAAGCGAAAAGCGAAAAGUGGAUAGCUUACAGGAGAAAAUUAUUAACCGCAUCAAAUUUCGGCAAGAUAUGCAAAUUACGAAAAGAUACACCGUGGGAAAAUACUUUGAAGAGUAUAAUGUAUCCGCAAAUACCAAAUUUACGUUCCCUCGAAUACGGAAGAGAGAACGAGGCAAACGCCUUGAGACAAUUAGAAGACGAAUUAGGAAUUCAUAUUCGAUCAUGUGGCCUCUUCAUCGAUGCCGUUGUGCCUUACUUACGUGCAACUCCUGACGGCAUCGUAGACGAUGAUACCAUCGUCGAAGUCAAAUGUCCGGAAUCGGCGAAGGAUUUAUCGCCUGCUGAAACAAUAGAGCAACUUCCUGCAAUACGGCGUAUUUUCCGGGGUGAUGAAAUGAACAAAAUUCAUCACUACUAUUAUCAAGUGCAAGGACAGUUGCACAUAACGAAUAGACAAUGUGCUCUAUUCUGUUUAUGGACGCCGAAAGGAAUGAAAAUUGUCAAAGUACCAAGAAAUGAUACAUUCUGGGCAACAGAGAUGGAGGAAAAACUGAAGAAGUUUUAUGAAGACUGCAUGUUGCCAGAAAUCAUAGAUAGUAGAUUCAAUUGA